AAAUAUGGUGAUUACAGGAUGGAGAGUUUGUAUGGGAUGAAACUCAGCAGGGUUUGAUUCUUGGGUCCUUCUUCUUUGGUUAUGUCGUAACCCAGCUUCCUGGUGGACGUAUGGCUGAGAAAAUUGGUGGAAAGUGGCUGUUUGGAUUAGGAGUGCUAUGUACAGCUGUUUUAACACUCUUGACUCCUCUUGCAGCAAGGCUCAGUGUGGGAAGUUUUAUUGCAGUUAGAAUUCUUGAGGGCCUUGGAGAGGGAGUGACAUUUCCUGCCAUGCAUGCUAUGAUAGCACGAUGGUCACCAAAGUCUGAUAGAGCAAAGUUAACAGCAUUUAUUUACAGUGGCUCACAGAUUGGGACAGUUAUUUCUAUGCCAAUUUCUGCUUUGUUGUGUGAUUCUGAAUUUCUUGGAGGCUGGCCAUCAGUUUUCUAUGUCUUUGGCAUUUCUGGGUGUGUGUGGUUUGUUCUCUGGACAGUUUUUGUUUAUAACACACCCAGGGAUCACCCAAGAAUUUCAGAGGAAGAGCUAAGUUACAUUCAGGAAGAUCAAGCAGAAGAAAAAGCUCACAAGAAACCUCCUAUCCAGUGGAAAGUUGUGCUGACAUCAGUUCCUGUAUGGAUUUUGAUUAUCACCCAUUUUGGGCAGAACUGGGGUUUUUACACUUUGUUGACAGAACUUCCAAGCUAUUUAAAUAAUAUCCUGCACAUUGAUAUGAAAGCUAAUGGUGUUUUGUCUGCUCUUCCAUACCUCCUUCAGGCCAUUUUGAGUUGGGUUGGAGGAUUCACAGCUGAUAUAGUACGCAAAAAACAACUAUUUAGUAAUACUGUCGUAAGAAAAAUAUGCAAUUCUGUAGCUUUUGCAGGCUCUGGUAUAUGUUUGUUAGGUGUAACUUGGGCUGGUUGUAACGAUAUGCUAAGUAUUUCACUGUUUGUACUUGGUAUGGGUUUUAAUGGUUUCAUCUUUUCUGGCUUCAUGGUGACACAUGUGGACAUGGCACCUGACUUUGCUGGAACACUGAUGGGAAUGACCAAUGGUGUGGCCAACUUGGCUGGAAUCCUUGCUCCAUAUGCAGUGGGAGUUAUAACUGAACAUAAGCAAACACUUCAUCAAUGGAAUAUUGUCUUCUAUGUUUCUGCUUGUGUGUUUUUCUUUACUGGCACACUGUUUAUGUUUUUUGGAUCAGCAGAACUACAGCCAUGGGGUAUAGCAGGUGUCCAAGAUUACAGUCCUAUUGAAAGCUGUUAUAAAAACAUUCAACAAGCUAAUGAUGAUAAAACUGAUAGUUAAGAAAGUUAUUCCAAAAAUAGAAACUACUUUUUUUGCAUAAUUUAGGUGUUAAUUUUUUUAAAUUUAUAUGACUUUAUGACACAUCUGAUAAUGCACAUUCACAUUAGUAUAAAAAUCACAAAGUUUUAGGAUGUUAAUUUAAUAAAGGCUACUGUAUUCAGCUACUUUCUCUUAAUACUAAGAAAUUCUUUAUCUUUUUAUUUUUAGUGAAAGAGAUAUUUAAGUAAGCUAUGCUGUUAUUUCUGAAAGCCAUAUGUUGAACAUUAUAUGAACAGUAAGAGUGAAUCAUUAGAUACUUUUUUAUGAAUGUCUUAAUUAAACAUUGUUUUAACCAUUGGUAAGUAGCUGUCUACGAGAUUAAAUAUUUUGCAAUCUAUAUUUUUAAACCUAUCCAUUGACUGUAGCUGCUCUAAAUGCAUGCAGAAUUUUGCAAGCUGUACACUGUAUACAGCACAAUCACAUUCAUUUGCUGGAAGAACACCAUACCUAUACAGUAAACCAGCAGUCAAUGGGUUAAAGUAGCCAUAAAAGUGAACAAUAUUUGUAGAAACAGCAGAGGGUUAAAAAUGAACAAACUUCAUGUCCUAUUACAUGCAAGAUCUCUGCGAAUUAGUUUGUGUUAACAGAGAAUAGGUUUGUAUGAUAAUGAGCAACUAUAGGAUGAUCAUAUGGUUAGCCAUUAAUGAAGGUUUUCAAAAAUGGUAAUAGUUUUGUGUUACAAUCUUUAUUUUUUGCAAUUCUUCAAUGCUCAAAACAAAAGCACAUGAAUUUUAUUUUGUGGUUCAGGAAUAUACUAUUGUAGUGAUGCUCAUCUAUAUUGUAUUAAAGAUAUUAAUCUUAAUGUUUUGUAAACAAACUGUGAAGUUAAUAAAAUAAAUCUUUAAAUAUA